AUGGACAGCACAGAUCUGGCUGCUUACCUGGCUGGAGCAGUGCCUGGCAAGGGGAGGGCGUGCGGUGGGGAAUGCGUGCAGCUACUGGGAGCCGGGCACAUCCAGCUGCUCACUGCACCCAAGGGUGGCAGGCAGGGACGUGUGGCAGGGCAAGGAGAGGGGUGUUGGCAUCCCGCCCUGGGGGCGACCCCGAUGCCAGGGACCGGGGAGCCCCCACCGCGUGGGUGGGCAACCAUGGGCAGAUGGAGGGGUCCCAGCAUCCUGCUGGCCGUACUGCUCCUCCUGUGCCCGCUGCCUGCUCCGGCGUGUCCCCACACCUGCCACUGCUGGGCUGGGGACGUGGACUGCCGCCAGCGUGCCCUGCACGAGGUGCCGCGGCUCCUGCCCACCAAUGCCAGCACCCUCUGGCUCGGCUACAACCUCAUCGCCGUGCUCGGGGCCCGUGCUUUCCCCUCCCUGCCGGUGCUGCUGCGGCUCAGCCUGACCCAUAACCGCUUGGAGAAGAUCCACCGGCAGGCGCUGCUGGGACUCGGGGCGCUGCAGGACCUGGACCUCAGUGACAACUACCUGACUGUGCUGAGCCCCGAGACCUUCCUGCCCCUCACCAGCCUGUCUAUCCUCAACUUAGGCUACAACAGGCUGGAGGAGCUGGAGGCAGGGGUGCCACCUGCUUUGCCUCAGCUCCAAGCGAUCUUCCUGAAUGGGAACCCCUGGAUGUGCUCCUGCAGCAUCCUGCCCCUCUGGCACUGGCUGGGACACAACAGGGAGAAAGUGCCAGAGAGGACUUCUCUCCAGUGCAUGUUCCCAGAGUCACUGAACACAUACCCGAUCAUGGCCUUUGGGAAUGAUUCCUUCCAGCAGUGUCAGAAGGUCCCGCUGUCAGCCCAGAACUACGCUGCCUUUCUGCUCAUCGGGCCUUUCUCCUUCCUGGCCAGCAUCUUCUGCUGUACCUUGAUAGGCUCCAUCGUGGUCGUUUACCAGCAUCUACGCAAGGAAUCCCAAACCUGGAGGAGACCCCUCAGCAGUGGUGAUCACUGAGUCAGGUCUACCAAGGGCUGAGGGACCUUUUGCUGAUCCUUUUCCUCUGACUCACCCCCUCUUGUCCCUUUGCAUGCAUUUCAGUGUGCCCCAUUUACCUCCUUGUGUCUU